GACGCCGAAAAAGAUGGCAGUUCCAGAGGCAGAGAUUGAAAGGUUACGAAAAAAGGUGGAGGAUACAGAUGAAGCUCUUCAGAAGGCUGCACAAUAUGGACUUCAGCUCUUGGAUGACAAAAUGGAGCUGCAGAGUAAAUUGGAGGAGCAGCGAAUUGAGAUGACUGCUCUAAUUGAGGGCUUGGAGCAAGAGAAAUACUCACUGCAAAGAGAGGUGGAGCUGAAGGGCCGUAUGCUGGACAGUGUUCAUUCAGAAUUUGAUAUGGUUAAAAAUCAGCAAAAAUAUCUUUUAGAACAGCAGCAACAAAUGUUGGAGAGGAACCACGCAGUAGAACUAAGUGACUUCAAGAACAAGGUGGAGAAAAUGAUAGCUGAACUGGAAGAAGCUCAGCUACUUGAAAAACAGAUGAGACACAAACUGGAUGUUCAAUCGCAGUCUUUAAGCAGCACAACUGAGGAACUCCGCAAAAUGAAGGAACAUUCCCAUGAGACAAUGUCUUCAGAGAUCCUUGACCUCCAAGUACAAAAUAUGGAUCUGGAAUCUUCUUUGGCUGCCUUCAAGCAGGAGCUUCAGGAGUCACAAUACAAAGAACAACAGCUACAGCUAGCUAAUGCCAUCCUCCAGAGGCACGUUGAGACACUUGUGGAUGCUAAACAGGAAAAGGAAAGAGAGGUGGUUUCCCUUUACAAUGCUUUGGAGAAAUCUAGGGAGUCUAACCAGGACCUUCAGAUCCAAUUGGACCAGGCAUUGCAGCAGGCACAGGAUCCAAACAGCAAAGGCAACUCUCUAUUUGCUGAGGUAGAGGACAAGCGUGCGGAAAUGGAAAGGCAGUUGAUCAGCAUGAAAGUGCAGUACCAAUCUCUUCAAAAGCAGCAUGCGUUCACCAAACAACAGAUGAUUCGCAUGAAGGUACAGAUAUCUAAUCUUAUGCAACUCCAUGGCAGUAGAGCUGACCCAGCCCAACUUGAGCGAUUGCAGUUCAUGCUGUCAGAGAAAAACAGCGAGAUAGAAUCCUUGAACAGAAAAGUACAAAAGCUAGAGAAGUUGGAGAUAACUAAGGAACAGACCUCAGCUGGUCCAUCCAAGACGGCAGGUUUUGUAGAUGAGACAUAUUAUACAGAUCUGUUAAAAAUGCAGCUCUCAAAUUCCAAGAAAGCUGCAGAGAAGCUAAAAGAUGAGUUGUCCAUGGCAAGAAUGAAAGCUCUUUCUGAGAGUCAGAGAGUGCUUGAGUUGGAGAGGAAACUUUUUGGAGCAGAGAAUGCCCUAAAGCAAGGACAGAGUGAUAAUGUCACGCUCCAAGUGAAACUUGAAGAACUACGGAUGAAAUAUGAGCCUCAUGAGGUGACUAAGGCACGAACUCAGAAACGCAAACGAGAGAAAUUUCCAGUAAACCUUCCUGAAGGAAGGCCAGACCAUAGUGUGGAUGCUCCUGCUCUGGGAAGUGAGCCAACCAAGACUCCAGGCACUGAUCCAGAAACUCUCCCAUGUUCAAAUAAGAAUCUGGUUGUGGACACAGUACAGUCAGCACAAGCCCCUGACUGUAACCAUGGUUUGCUUCGGGACAGCAAAUGUGUCCGCAUUUGUGAGGAUACCCCAGUCUCAAUACCUGAUCCCCCAAGGUCUUCGGUGUCAGGCAGCAGUAGCAGGACAGAGCAGCAUGUGCUUAAGCAAAAUGAGGAGAGAGAGAACUGGAGAGCUGAGAGACAAAAGAAAACUCAAGCACCUGUUCACAUUGAUCCAGAGAACACAAUGGAAAGACAGUGUGCUCAACAGUAGUUCAAAAUUCUCAUUGUAAAGAAACAAAUGUAUUAUGUUUUUUAAUUACUUUCUUAAAUGUUAUCGGUGGACAAUAAACACUUUAACUGUUCAUUUACAUAAUUUAUUAGAACUAAGCUCUAUAACUAUAGGCUAUCAAUUCUUUUCAGUCAGUCAGUCAGAUGCACUAAGAGGUUAACUGAUGGUAACUGACAGUUGUCAUGUUUCUAGUGUCUUCUUUCAAUAAUGAUCCGUUUCAAAAAGGUGAGGUAAUGUUUGUAUAUUUUGUGCAUGCAUAAAUGCAUAUACGUAUCUGUUUUAUGCCGAUCAUCUGAGUGCUUCCAUAAGCAAUAUUUACAAAUCGCCUUUAUGGUAUUAUUAUAUAUUAAAACAUCUAGCUUCUACCUGUCCUUUGGUACGUCACAAGGAAGAAACCAAGCAUGAGGGUACAGGAUUCCAGUACAGCAAAGAUUUCCUUCUGGCAUUGUCAGUACCAAAUAAUAUUGACUGUGCCAGGGAAAAUUGUGUGACCUGAAAGCUUUACCCAAGAAUUCCUGUCAGUCCAAGAGCCAUGAGCUCUUCAACAGGGAAAAAAGUCAACAUUAAAUACCCACCACACUUCACUGUGAAGUUAUUGUUCU